GUAAAUUCACAAGUGCAUAUUGACAGAACAUAAGGCCCGUAGUCACAGCCACAAAACUGGGAAACAGGUCUGAGAGACAUCGUAGGAACAAGUGCUUGCUCUGUACUGCUUAAUACUAUGGCUAUUUCCUCUCAGGGUUGAUGUUUCCUAUGUUCGUUAAUACAAAUAGUUAUCUGAAGUGUGGGAUAAUUAGAGUUUCACACUUCCAAAAGAGAGAAUAUAGGUUUCCUGUCAGAAAACCAUGGAACUGUUCUUUUCAGCCAGCUAAUGUGGACACACAUGAUCUGACUGAACAUAGGAAUCUCCAUUCUCAGGCGAAAGGUUUCAAGUAUCAAAAGGUGUCUUAUCAAGUCAUGGAAGAAACAGAAAGCAACGUGGCUGUCAAAGAUUUUUUACAAGACCCUCCUCUUUCAAAUUCUUAUGAAACUGCCAUGGAAGCACUUUCCUCUCUCAUAACACGUCCAAAACGUGGAAUUCAGUCAUCCAUUGGUGGAAAAUAUGGAAAAUUAGACAGGAUGCAUGUGUAUCUUAAGAUACUAGACCUGGAAGAGCAAAUAACUGGGCUCAGGAUUAUCCAUGUUGCUGGAACAAAAGGGAAGGGUUCAACAUGCACAUUCUCUGAAGCUAUUUUACGAGAAUGUGGCUUUCGAACAGGGCUGUUUACUUCCCCUCACCUAAUUGAUGUGAGAGAAAGAUUUCGUGUAGAUGGAUUGGAAAUAUCUGAAGAUAAAUUUUUAUUGUAUUUUUGGGAUUGUUGGAAUCGGUUGAAGGAACAUGCCAAUGAGGACCUGCCAAUGCCCCCCCUAUUUCAAUUUCUCACAGUACUGGCAUUCAAAAUAUUCGUCUCUGAACAGGUAGAUGUUGCCGUAAUUGAAGUUGGUCUUGGAGGAACGAAUGACUCAACAAAUGUGAUUAAAGAGCCUGUUGUCUGUGGCAUUACAUCUUUGGGGAUGGAUCAUACGGAGACAUUGGGUGAUACAAUAGGAAAGAUUGCUUCACACAAGGCUGGAAUUUUCAAGCCUCGAAUUCCUGCUUUUACGGUCCCCCAACCUUCUGAAGCAAUGGACGUUCUUAAUGAGAGGGCUCAUGAAUUGGCGGUACCCUUGAAAGUAGUGCAGCCUCUUGAUCAGAGACAUUUGAAGGGGUUAAAGCUUAGCUUGUCUGGUGAUCAUCAAUUCACUAAUGCUGGUCUUGCUGUUUCCCUUUGUAAAUCUUGGCUUCAAAUGACAGGAAACUGGGAAAAGUUAUCCCAAAAUCAGGAUAAACAGGGAGUUAAUUUGCCAGAAGCAUUUCUUAGAGGUCUUGCAACAGCACAUCUUUCAGGAAGGGCUCAAGUUGUAUAUGAUUCUUCCGCAAAGUGCUACAAUUCAUCAACAGCAGCUGGAAAUUCUUCUGGAGAUCUGAUUUUCUACCUGGAUGGAGCUCACAGUCCAGAAAGCAUGGAGGUUUGUGCCGAAUGGUUCUCUAGUGCUGUUCAAGAAAGAAAGCAAUUACCAAAAUUUGUAUCAUCUUCUAUUGAUGUUGAAAGCAAGAAGGAAGUUUGCGAAAAUAGUUAUGUCCAAUAUGAAAGGUGCACCACACAAGAGUCAAACAAAAUAUCAAAGAAGAUUCUUUUAUUCAAUUGCAUGGAAGUGAGAGAUCCUCAUGUUUUGCUUCCACGGCUUGUCAAUACAUGUGCUUCUUCAGGUACUUACUUCUCGAAGGCUAUUUUUGUCCCAAGCAUGUCAACAUACAACAAGGUUACUUCUGGCACCUCGUCUAUUCCUUCACAUAUUUCUAGCCGAGAUUUGUCGUGGCAAUUCAGCUUACAGAGGCUUUGGGAGAAGACAAUCCAUGGCAUAGAACCAAAUGUUGAACUUGACACAAGCUCCAAGUUCGAGGGUGCAGAGAACUUACCACCACAUGAAUUUCUUUACAAGGAUGCUUCUCACUGCAAGCCUGCAGAUGGAAAUUUGACUUGCAGUACUGUCAUUUCUUCAUUGCCUUCAACAAUAAAAUGGUUGAGGGAUUGUGUUAGAGAAAACCCUACCUUAAGACUUCAGGUUCUUGUCACUGGAUCAUUGCAUCUCGUGGGAGAUGUUCUAAAGCUGUUAAAGAGAUGAAUUAGAAGACAUGAAUUAAAAGGAUACCAAAAGUUGGUUUGUCCUUACAUUCUUUCGCGCCUUGACAUUAACCUUCAUUUUUAACACAGCCAGGUUAUAUCAAGUAAAUCGAUUCUUGGCUAGACUAAUAAUGCUUAUUUUUAGAGUUCCAAUCGUGAUGAUUUUCCCUAUGUUGUGCAAGUUCCAUCUUUGUACUAUUAUUAUUAUUAUUUAAAAAAACAACAUUGGUUUUAGAAUUUA